AUGCUGCAUGCACACGGGCUCAGCUGCGGACGUCCGGCAGAGCACGCGGCGCCGACAGACGCAGGCACACCGCCCUUGACGGCCGCUGCCGGCACGUCGGCUGCCGGCGCCGCCACCUCGGCACUGCCGCAGGAUGGCCUUGUCGCCGCCGCCAGCGUGCCCGCGCGCGGCAAGACGGUGCUCAUCGACAACUACGACUCCUUCACCUACAACGUCGUUGAGUUCCUCUCCAACCUCGGCGCCGAUCUUGUCGUGUUCCGCAACGACAAGGUGACGCUCGAGGAGAUCGAGGCGCUGCAGCCGGUGAACAUUGUCAUCUCGCCCGGGCCGGGCCACCCGCUGCACGACUCGGGCAUCUCCAUUCCCGCCAUCAAGCACUUUGCCGGGCGCGUGCCGAUCCUCGGCGUGUGCAUGGGCCUGCAGUGCAUCUACGCGGCCUACACGGGCGUCGUCGAGUUUGCCGGCGAGAUCCUGCACGGCAAGACGAGCCCGAUUGCGCACGACGGGCGCGGCCUCUACGCCGGCCUGCCGCCGCAGGGCGUCGUCGGCACGCGCUACCACAGCCUGGCGGCGCAGCUGCCGAGCCUGCCGCGCGAGCUCGUCGUGACGAGCAAGACGGAGAGUGGCGUCGUCAUGGGCAUCCGCCACACGCGCCUCACCCUCGAGGCCGUGCAGUACCACCCCGAGAGCAUCCUCAGCGUCGGCGGCAAGCAGAUGCUCGCCAACUUUCUGCGCCUCAGCGGCGGUACCUGGGCCGAGAACCCGCAGGCUGGCAUCGACGCCGCGCUCAGCGAGCAGGCCGAGAGCACCAAGGAGCCCGUCAUGGCCAUGACGCCGGCCGGUGCUGCGGCAGCUGCGGGCGCAGCGGCAGCAACGGGCGCUGCAGGUGCAGCAGCCGGAGCACAGCUGGCAUUGGAUGCCCGCCCCGCGCCGGCGCCCGCGUCGAAUGGUGCAGCAUCAGUCGGCGCCGGCGCUGUGGGCACGAUCCUGGAGCGCAUCCACGUGCAGCGGCUCAAGGACAUCGCCGCUGCCAAGGCCGUGCCGGGCGCCUCUGCGCGCGACCUCGCCACGGCGCUCGACAUGCACCUGGCGCCGCCGCUCAUCGACUUUGCUGCGCGCCUCACUGCCAAUGCCGCACGCGGCCUGCCCGGCGUGAUGGCCGAGAUGAAGCGUGCCAGCCCGAGCAAGGGCGACAUUGACCCCAACGCGCACGCCGGCGCACAGGCGCUGGCCUACGCGCGCGGCGGCGCCAGUGUCAUCAGCGUGCUCACUGAGCCAACUUGGUUCAAGGGCACGCUCAAUGAUCUGUCGCUGGCGCGGCGUGCUGUCGAUGGCAUGCCGAACCGGCCCGCCAUCCUGCGCAAGGACUUCAUCGUCGACGUGUACCAGGUGGCUGAGGCGCGCCUGGCCGGUGCCGACACGCUGCUGCUCAUCGUCGCCAUGCUCUCCGACGAGCAGCUGCGCGUGCUGUAUGACGCCAGCAAGGCCCUGGGCAUGGAGCCGCUGGUGGAGGUGAACAACCCCGAGGAGAUGGCGCGCGCGAUUCGCCUCGGCGCAAAGGUCGUCGGCGUCAACAACCGCAACCUGCACGACUUUGUCGUCGACAUGGGCACCACGAGCCGCCUUGCCGACGCGGCGCGCGAGGCUGGCAUCCUGCUCUGCGCCCUCAGCGGCAUCACGGGCCGCGCCGACGUGGAGAAGUACGUCAGCGAGGGUGUCGAUGCCGUGCUGGUCGGCGAGGCCCUCAUGCGCGCAGACGACAAGCGCGCCUUCAUCCACGGCCUGCUUGGCAUUGCGCCGGAGCAGGCGGCGGUCGCCUCGAACGGCAGCGCAGCACUGGCGCAAGCGAACGGCACGCUCGUCAAGAUCUGCGGCCUCUCCACUGUCGACGCCGCCGUGGCUGCGGCCAAGGCCGGCGCUGACAUGCUGGGCAUGAUCCUGGCGCCCGGCACCAAGCGCACCGUCUCGCUCGAGCAGGCCUCCGAGAUUAUCAGCAGCGUUCGGGCGCUGCGCGGUAGCUCGGAGCGCGCCACGUCGAAGCGUGCGGCCUCGGACUCGGUGGUCGGCAACGAGGACUGGUUCGAGUACCACGCCGGCGAGCUGCGGGCGCACCCGCACCGGCCGCUGAUGGUCGGCGUCUUCCGUGACCAGCCGCUGGCCGAGGUGCUGGCGACGGCGACGGCGCUGCAGCUCGACGUUGUGCAGCUGCACGGGCGCAUCGAGAGCGUCGAGUGGGCGCGGCUACUGCCUGGCAUGCGCGUCUUCCGCGUCUUCCACGUCGGGCCCGACGCGCAGCCCGGCAGCGGCGCCCUGCGCGAGGUCUCACGGCCUGGCUACCACCACCUCGCUGCGCUCGACACGGCCGGCGCCGGCAAGAGCGGCGACGGCGGCACUGGCGCCAGCUUCGACUGGGAUGUCGCCGUCACCGUCUCGCGGCGAGACGCCGCAGCGGCACGCGUGCCGGGCGCCCAGCCACGCACGCAGCCCAUCAUGCUGGCGGGCGGCCUCGACGCCUCGAACGUGGCGCAGGCCAUCGCGCAGGUGCAGCCGCUGUGCGUCGACACCAGCUCGGGCGUCGAGACGGACGGCAAGAAGGACAUUGCCAAGAUCAAUGCCUUCAUCGCCGCCGCGCGGGGACAGACACCGACGCCCGCCGCAUGA